CUUGCAUCGUUCCCAAAAAAUGGUUAUUUGUCAAAUUUGCAACGUAAACGAAUCUAAAUACAAAUGCCCGCAAUGCAAACUACAGUAUUGUUCUUUGGUGUGUUAUAAAAAGCAUAAAGAGACACCCUGUGGGACUACAACAAAUAAUGAAGAUAAUGAUAAUUCUGGACAAGACUUUAUCAGGAAACCUAUCAAACCUGUCGGUCAUCCUGAUGAGGAAGAUCCUAGCCGACUCACGCCUGAAGAUUUGCAGAAGCUUGCCUAUUCAGACAAAGUGCAUCAAUUUUUAAAAGACACGCAAAUUCGAGAAAUAAUCCAGCAUAUUGAUUCGUCUAAAACGCCUGAAAAGGAUAUUGAUUCAAUAAGAAAUGAAUAUCCAAAUUUCGAUGAAUUUUUGAACCAUAUUGUGGAUUUGACUUAUAAGCCAAAGCUGGAAGCGUUUUUGAAGAAGAAGGAGAAGAUCAAUAACAACGAUAAACAAGAGUAAUUUGUGUCAUUCAUUAAAAUUUGUAACCAGCUACCACUGUCAUUCGUUUAAUGAUAAACGAACGGAACAUAUGACAUAUUACUAGCCAUAUACCCCCCCACGUUCAUUCCGGUUAUAUCAUAAUACACAAAUUUAUUCUGGAUAUAGUAGUCACUGCCUUUUGCAUCAUCCACAAUGCCCU